AUGGUGGAAUUGAAAUCGAGCACAAACAAGAUAUGGGAGGCCCUAAGGAACUCGACCACUUUGUUCCCCAAAGCCAUGCCUCACAGAUAUAAGAGCAUUGAGGUCCUCAAAGGUGAUGGACAGUCUGAAGGCUCGAUUCGUCUAGUUAAACUAAAAUCCGAAAACAAUUUCAAUUGGAAGACUAUGGUGAGCUCGAAAGGGGAUGGCUCCAUGGUGAAGUGGUCGUGUAACUACGACAAGGCCAAUGAAUAUUUUCCAAAUUCCGACAUCAUCAAGGAAUUCACAUUCAAGAAAUUUCAGGAACUCGAUGCUUAUCUUAUCAAAUCCAUGUAA